UAAAGCCCAAUCUUUAUAGCUUUAAUUAUAGACUUGUAUCUCACAUUAAUGAUGACUAGCAUGAAGCCCAAACCUAUAUGUUGUCCACCAUAAAGCCCAAACCCAACCGAAUGGUCUUUAAUUUUUAACGGCAAAAAACCCUUUCUGUCUCCCCAUCUUUUGCUUUACCCCUGUUUCACGGUUUCAAGCUUGCUAAUGGCAGUCUCUCUCUCUUCCAAAGACAGUUUCAAAUCUUCACAGUUCAAACUUCAGAUUCAUAAUGCCAAGGCUCUCACGGCUCUUCCUUCCUCCAGAUGUUCAAGUCCUUUCAGUUGCUGCCAUUUCAAAAAAACCAAAGUGUCAUGACUACACAAUUGAAGAGCUCAUCACCAAGAGCUUCAAUAACAUCAUCUAGCAAUCAGAUUGGCUAGAUGAAUAUGGAGAAAGGUGAAUUUCAUGUAAGACGUGGUUGAGAUUUGUAAUAGAAAUUGGAUGUGAAGUUGACCACAAAGCACUUGCAUGCCUUAAAAUCAAAUCCACCAUCUGGUAUGGUUGUGCAUAUUCUACCUCCAAUUCUUAGAGUACAGGAACCUGAGGGCAACAAUACCAAAUCAUAAGAAAAGGUGGUGGCAUUGAUGAAUAACUACCAAAUUUGAAAGCCAUUGAAGAUUGCAAAUUGUCAAAGUUGAACUUUAAUCUGAAGGAAAAUUACUGGCUAGGGUGCUUCAACGUAAUUUUGGAGCAUGGGUUGCUUUUUUCACUAUAGUGAGGAAGGUUUUACCCUAUUUCUUGGAUUCAUAAUUGACCGUAUGCAUCACUAUCUCCAAAAGCUUAUUGGAUUGAGGAGUAGCGUGGGUGCUUCAAAAGAGGAAGUUGAAAGGCUUCAGAAGGAAAAGACGGAACUCAAAGAAAAAGAAGAGAAAGCUUCCAAGGAGAUAAAGCGGCUGCAAGAAGAAAUAGCUUCUCUAUCAGAGAAUUUGAAGAAGGUGAAGCUAGAAUCUGAAGAGAAAGAUAAGAGAGUUGAAUCUGCUGAAAGCCAUGUUGCUGCCCUUCAAAAACAAGCCGCAGACCUACUUCUUGAAUACGACCGUCUAUUAGAAGACAACCAAAAUCUUCAGACUCAGGCUAUGGGAUAUAGAUAGGACUUAAUUCUAAAAGACACCAAGGUUUAGUCUUGGCAGUUAAUUUUGGUCACUAGUGACGUUGAUGAAAAUCCCAUGUUUCAAGGAAAUGGUCUUUAUUUAUUCGGCCCUGCCAUUGGGGAAAGUAGAUGGAAUAGGUUUGUUUUUUGGUCCACUGCUAUUGAAAUUUUAGUUAGUCCACCCCAAUGUUGUUCUAGUUGAUAGCCACUAUUCUUCUCUUUCAGUUUUCUGGAACAGAUAUCAUAAUUUUGUUUACUAAUUUUUUCUGUGAGAUAAAUGUUACUAGUCUGAGGUUUGGUUAUGUAUCAGUUAAAAGGGUGUUAGUGA